AUGUGGGGUCCCAGGUGCGUGGUCUCAGUCGAAGAAGGCGGAGGCAGGGACGAGGCCGGAGCACUUAUCCUCACCCAAUAUGGGGUCCCAGGUGCGUGGUCUCAGCCCGAAGAAGGCGACGAGGCCGGAGCGCUUAUCCUCAACCAAUAUGUUCCAGGCGCGUGCUCGGAGGCGGGAGCGCUUAUCCUCAACCAAUAUGGGGUCCCAGGUGCGUGCUCUCGCGGACCAGGCCGGCGCAAUAUGGGGUUCCAGGCGCGUGGUCUCAGCCCGAAGAAGGCGGAGGCGGGGACGAGGCCGGAGCUGGGGUCCCAGGCGGGGACGAGGCCGGAGCGCUUAUCCUCGACCAACGUGGAGUCCCAGGUACGCGAUCUCGGCCCGAAGAAGGUGAAGGUGGGGUGCUUGAAGCCAGAAGAAGGCGAGCUUCAAGAGGAGGCGACAACAAGCUCGAAGGACUUACUCUCAGAAUACGUUCUCGGCGCGUGGUCUCAACCUGAAGAAGACAGAGGCGGCGACAAG